AACCAAACGGCGUGCAUCUCUAAGAUAUAACAUAUAGUACCCCCAAAUAUACCACAAGCUAUAUAUACAGCUCGAUUCAGAUUCAAAUCAAACCCGGAACGCAAAAUAACGCAAAUUGCAAAACCAAACAUUUUAAAGACAUUUUUCUUCUAGUUGUUGGCUUUUUUUUUCGUGAAAAAUAAUACAAAUAAAAACUAAAUAAGAAAUAAAUAACAAAAAACUGAAGAAAAGAAUCGUGUGCAUUUUGUGAGUGGAUCGAAUUGAAACCGAACGGGUAAAGGAAACGGAAACGUUAAAGUAAACGGAAACGUUAAAGUAAACGGAAACGGAAGCCAAAGUAUUGUCAAGGAAUUCCAGUCAGUUCCAGAAGACAAGCAUCCACAGAGAGGAGCUACUUCCAGUGUAAAAACACACCACAAAAAUAACUAAAGGCAAAAGUGUUGCGAAUUCGCGGUGACAACAGUCCAAAGCCCAAGACCAAGACCAAGACCAGAGGCGCCAGAGGCACCAGAAGCACCGCUCCACGGACCAGUUUGCUUUGCCAUUGCAAACGCCGCACUCCCAGGCCAUUCUGCAAAAUCCCAGCCACAUUAUGACGGAUGUAUCGCACGAAUUGGGCGCCCUGCGCUUCGUGGUGGACUCACCGCUCUCCUCCAAGGUAGCCAUGUUCAAUAACCAGGCGACGCAGCACAAGCAGUCCCAGCUGCUCAAUCCCUUCUCGGGCGACGGGCGCGCCUCCUCGCCGAAGCCGACAUUCUCCAAGGAUCAGUACGGCAAGCCGCUGGCCGGCAGCCUCACGGAGGCCCGCGGCCAGAAGGCCAACAUCCAUGUGAUGAAGGAGAUGCUCGAGCUGUGCCAGAUCAUCAACUCGGAGGGCUACGAUGUCAAGGAUGAGCCUCAGAUGCGUGUGAUUCCCUUUGGCGAGCUGUUUAAUAUCUACAACUACAUCUCCGAUAAGGUGGUGGGUAUCCUCUUGCGCGCCCGCAAACACAAGCUGGUGGACUUCGAGGGCGAGAUGUUGUAUCAGCGACGCGAUGACGACGUGCCCGUUUUCCUGCUGAAGCCUAUCAAGGAAAUCCGUGCCGAAAUGGAUGCCAAGAUUGAGGAUAUCAAGCGGGCGGCCAGCCCGGCACCGCCGCAGUCCACAUCGGUGCUGAUGGAUCGCAGUGCUCACGAGCAGAACCUCAAGUCGCGCACUCCCUCGCCGGCGGUGGGCAAGUCCAAGCCGAAGUCCAAGUCUCAGUCGCCAGCGGCGCCCAAAACGAAGGAGGAGGCAGCGCCAGUGGAAGUUCCUGCACCAGCAGAGCCUGCUCCUGCCGCAGCUCCUGUGGCAGCUCCUGUAGCGGCUCCUGUGGCUGCUCCUAUUGCAGCUCCUGUUGCAGCUCCUAUUGCAGCUCCUGUUGCAGCUCCUGCUGCAGAUCCUGUGGCAGCUCCUGUGGCUGCUCCUGUGACUGCUCCUGUUGCAGCUCCCGUGGAGACCAAGCCUGUUGCUGAGCAGGCAGCUCCUGUUGAGACCAAACCAGUUGCGGAGGCAGCUCCCCUUUCAGAGCCAGCGCCCACUGUGGUAGUCACAGAAGCCCCGCCAAGCGCCGAGGCACCGCUGUCCCAGGAGAGUACAGAGCAAGUACAAGUGGCCCCUGCCAUCAGUCCCGCUGAAGCCGCGCCUGCCGAGGAGUUGCCCACGAUUGUGAUCGAAGCCUCUGCCGUGUUUGUGCGCACAGUCAGCGUGGAUCAGCAGGCGGAGCAGCCGGCACCCAGUCCGGAAUCGGCGCCUGCGCAGCCGGAACAGGCCUAAAUAUGAAACCCUGGCCACGCCGCGCUGUGGCACGGCAUUGUUUAAAGGAACUCUCGCAACUACUAAAGCGGCAGCUUUAAAUUGCAGUAGUUUAGUGAACUUAGUUUAAUUUAUUAUUAAUAAUUAGAGAAAAAAACAAAACACUGAAGACAAUCGAGAAUCGA